AUGGCCAAACCUACCUGGCGAACUCCUUUCGAGCCUUUGCCUGCUUUGUCUAGCACUCCAGCUUUUCCCUCCAUAGAAGCCCCACCGAAGCUUGAGUUAAAGCCUCUCCCGGCUUCUCUGAAGUAUGUUUUUCUUGGCCACGAUGACACCUUGCCCGUGAUCAUUGCCUCUAACCUUUCUUCCGAGCAAGACGGUCAAUUACUUAAAGUGCUUAAAAAGCACAAGGGUGCGAUAGGGUGGUCAGUGGCCGACCUCAAGGGUAUUGAUCCCUCCGUUUGCAUGCAUCGCAUUCAUUGCGAGGAAAAUGCAAAACCAUCAAGAGAGAUGCAAAGGAGGUUGAACCCUAACAUGAAGGAGGUCGUUAUGAAGGAGGUGGUCAAAUUGAUGGAUGCGGGUAUCAUAUACCCCAUCUCUGAUAGCAAGUGGGUGAGUCCCACUCAAGUAGUGCCCAAGAAGUCAGGCAUUACUGUCGUUGAGAAUGACAAGGGUGAGCUUGUGCCCACACGCAUGACAACUGGUUGGCGUGUGUGUAUUGAUUAUAGGAAGCUCAAUUCCAUGACUAGGAAGGAUCAUUUUCCACUUCCAUUUAUUGAUCAAAUCCUAGAGAGUGGAUCAAGAGAAGACUACCUUCACCUGUCCCUAUGGUACUUCGCUUAUUGGCGCAUGCCUUUUGGCUUGUGCAAUGCACCUGCGACCUUUCAAAGGUGUAUGAUGGCUAUCUUCUAUGACAUGGUGGAGGAAUUUCUAGAAGUAUUCAUGGAUGACUUCUCGGUCUUUCGGGCCUCCUUUGAUUCAUGUCUCCAAAAUCUUGCAAAGGUGCUUAAACGGUGCGAGGAGACUAAUCUGGUCCUAAGUUGGGAAAAGAGCCACUUUAUGGUUCAGGAGGGGAUUGUUUUGGGGUUUUAUAGGCGUUUUAUUAAGGAUUUUUCUAAAAUCGCCAAGCCUUUGUGUGAUCUUUUGGCUAAGGAUGCCCCUUUCGUUUUUGAUGAGGCUUGUAUGAGAGCUUUUGAGAAGCUCCGUGAGGCGUUGUCCACAGCACCUAUCAUGCAGUCUCCCAACUGGUCUUUGCCCUUUGAAAUAAUGUGUGAUGCAUCCGACUUCGCAGUCGGUACUGUUUCGGGCCAGCGGGUUGACAAGGUCCCUCAUGCCAUUUAUUAUGCGAGUAAGACCCUCUCCGGUGCGCAGUUGAACUAUACCACUACAGAGAAGGAAUUACUCGCUGUGGUCUUUUCCCUUGACAAGUUUCGGUCCUACCUCUUAGGUUCGAAGGUCAUAGUACACACUGAUCAUGCAGCUUUGCGGCAUUUACUUUCUAAGAAAGAGACCAAACCUAGGUUGAUUAGGUGGAUUCUGCUCAUCCAAGAGUUUGACGUGGAGAUUCGAGACAAGAAAGGAUCUGAAAAUUCUGUAGCAGACCACUUAUCGAGGAUCCUAGUGGAUGCCUCUGGUGACACCUUGCCCUUUAAGGACUCAUUCCCUGAUGAGCAACUCUUUGAGGUGUCACAAGUGCGACCCCCAUGGUAUGCACACAUAGUCAACUACCUAGCCACAGGCGCGCUUCCCCCUCAUUGGUCCAAGCAUGACAAGGACCGUUUCUUUGCGCAGAUGUUUGAUGUUUGGGGGAUAGACUUCAUGGGUCCGUUUCCGUGUUCGCAUGGGAACGCGUAUAUUCUUGUGGCAGUGGACUACGUGUCCAAGUGGGUGGAAGCAGUAGCCACCAAGACCAAUGACCACAAAGUUGUGGUUAAGUUUCUUCAAAGUAAUAUUUUUACUCGUUUUGGCUAUCCGCGGGCGAUUAUUAGUGAUGAGGGCACCCAUUUUCUCAAUAAACACUUCGCCACCCUGGUGCGAAAGUAUUCUAUCACUCAUAAGGUGGCAACACCUUAUCACCCUCAGACUAGUGGGCAGGUUGAAGUGUCAAAUAGGGAGAUUAAACGCAUACUUGAAAAGACGGUUAGGCCCGAUCGAAAAGAUUGGUCUUUAAGGCUCGAUGAUGCUUUAUGGGCCUACCGUGCAGCUUAUAAGACCCCUAUUGGCAUGUCUCCUUACCGGUUAGUUUUUGGUAAGGCAUGUCAUUUGCCCAUUGAGUUGGAGCAUAGAGCUAUGUGGGCCAUUAAGAAGUUUAACUUCGAUAUGGCCACUGCAGGGUUACAUCGUAAGCUCCAGCUUGCUGAACUGGAAGAGUUGCGCAAUGAAGCAUAUGAUAGUGCACGUAUAUAUAAGGAUAGGACUAAGGCAUUUCAUGAUAAACACAUUGUUAGAAAGUCCUUUGAAGUUGGUCAAAAAGUGUGGCUCUUUAAUUCUAGACUUAAAUUUUUUCCGGGUAAGUUGAGGUCACGGUGGGAUGGUCCAUAUGUUGUCAUUCGUGUUUUCCCCCACGGAGCUGUAGAGAUUAAGGAUCCACGUGUUGGUAAUGUUUUCAAGAUCAAUGGCCAAUUGCUUAAACCUUACGUGGAAGGAAUUGGUGAUGGCGUGGUAGAUGGUACCACAGUGGAGUCCAUUACUUUGAUGGACCCAAUUUAUAUAGAUUAG